AUGCUCCGAAAACUAGCCCUUGCCAUCCUCGCAUGCUCGGUAGUCUUCGCUCUCCCACGGCCUCAAGGAGAGGUUGGCCAAGUGAGCCUUCCUGAACAUGACGUGCCAACUCGUCUGGAUAAGUGGGAUGAGUUCCGGGUCGGUCUGUGCCGGUUCGAGCGGCACUGCCACCCCAGGUUCAAGCACAAGGACGUCAACUGGUACGAUUUCCAAACCGCUGAGGGCGGGGUGUACGAUAUAAUGUCACAAGUGUGCGAGAAAGCGCCGCUCAAGAUGUCGUGGACCGGCGAGAAUACAUUCACCAAGGAAUUCGGGAACGGGCCGCGGUAUGCGAAAACCUCCUUCAAAAUCGAGUGGAUUCCGAAUUGCGUGACGAAGGUGGAGGAGAUGGAACCCAGGUUACCGCUUGGAGUGGACCAUAUGGACAUCAACUGCUCGCACUUGCUCCGGGAUAAUUAUAAUCAAUGCGACAACGGUGGAGCCGGUGGCUGGACGGAUGUUGGAUGCUUGAGAUAUACGUUCCAACCGAAAUGA